AUGGCACCUUCGAGAGCAAAGCAAGCAAGCAAAGACACGUCCGAUUUGGGAGGGAAGUCCAAAAAGAAGCGACGCACAGAGCCAGAGGAUGCUCUCCCUGGCGUACAGAAGAUUAAGUCGUCACUCAGACAGGCCAAAAGACUUCUUAGCAAGGAAAGCUUGGCGGCAAACGUUCGAGUUGAAACAGAACGAAGGGUGAGGGCCCUUGAGGCAGACCUCGUCAACGCUCAGAAUGCACGCAAAUUGCGUGCCAUGGCAUCUAGGUAUCACAAAGUCAAGUUUUUCGAGCGUCAGAAAGUCACCCGGAAAAUAAAGCAGGUGAAAAGAAAUCUGGCAACUACUGAGGGGGAGGAAAAAGCGCGGCUAGAACUGGACACUCACUACCCACCGAUAAAGAAAUAUAUAUCGUUAUUCCCCCCUGAGGUCCGCAAGCCAAACGCUUCACUAACAACGGUCACCUUUGAGGAUGACGAUGAGCGGUCCAGAAUACGAAAACUGAUUCGUUCGCAAAUGGAACGGGGCGAACUCAGCCUGGAACCCGAAAACGAACAGGACAAUUCGGUGACGAGCACACGGUCUCGCUUGCGACACGAACGGGAUGAUGUAAAUGUAGCAUCCCAUGCGAAGACUGUCUCCGGAGAUGAAUUCUUCGGCGAUGACGACAACGACGGGGAGCAAGGUUCAGACUAG